UGAAAUUCUUCUCUGCAAUUGCGAAUUCUGCUACAUUUUUUUUGGGUUUAACUUUUAUUUUUCCCCUUAGAUCUGAACAAUGAGGAAGACGGGAUAUUUGGCCAUGAAAACUGAUCCGACGACGACCGAGUUGAUCAAUUCCGAUCUCAAGGAGCUCGGCAAUGCCGCGAAGAAGCUCGCCGUUCAUGCCGCAAAGUUGGGAGGCCUGGGUUUUGGAACUACUUUUCUUAAAUGGGUGGCUUCCUUUGCUGCAAUUUACCUGUUGGUUUUGGACCGAACAAACUGGAGGACGAACAUGCUGACUUCUCUGUUAGUUCCUUAUAUUUUCUUCAGUCUUCCUUCAGUAUUGUUCAACGUUUUAAGGGGGGAGGUUGGAAAAUGGAUUGCGUUUAUUGCAAUUGUAUUACGGCUUUUCUUCCCACGACACUUUCCAGACUGGCUGGAAAUGCCUGGAUCAUUGAUUCUUCUCCUUGCUGUGGCUCCAAACUUUUUCGCACUCACCCUGAGGAGCAGUUGGGUCGGCAUCGCAAUUUGUCUUGCCAUUGGGUGUUAUCUUUUACAAGAGCACAUUCGUGCAUCUGGUGGGUUCAGGAAUUCCUUCACACGGAGCAAUGGUAUCUCAAACACAAUGGGCAUAAUCAUUUUGCUGGUUUAUCCUGUCUGGGCCUUGGUACUCCACUUCCUCUAGUCCCUCUGAAAUGCAGCUAUGGACUAUCCUCUGGUUUAUU